AUCUCUAUACGCUGCUGAUAGUGUAAAUCACGGUGGUGACGUCGCCAACAGUCUUUUUACCAUUAGCUGUACCAGCGCAGUUUUACGUGUGAGCCCAAUGAAUCUCUUUUGUUUGUCGCUAAAGGGCGUGUUUUCCCUCAGCUGUCGGUCUGUAGCCUGUGUGGGCGUACGAAGGGACUGUUCCUACUUAGCUAGCCCAAGUGACCUGUCGGCCCUGACCCCGUCUUCACCUGAGAGCUUACUACAGCCAGAGUCCGCAGGAUGGAGGAGGAGGCGAGGUGCUUCCUGGGGAGGUUUGUGGAGGAGUUCCCAGCUGCUCUGGAGGAAGGCAGUCCGCUGCCUGUCAGUCCUCUGAGCCGCAGAGUCUCCCUGGAGGAGCUGCAUGGAGAGAGCCUGGAACUAGGCCUGAGGCUGCUGGCUGCCAGGGGUGCUCCUGCAGGCCUCAGUGCCCUCCUGUGCCAGGCGGCGCUGUCCCAGCUGCUGCACAUCGACCUUUCACCUUUCCACUGUCCCCAGGAGGCUGAGGCCAACCAGGAAGAUGAACAGCAAGUAGUCUUACUUGAGUCAGACGCAGUCCAACGUCUCUUCCUCAACAAGCUGAUAGACUUAGCGCUGGCAUGGCACGAAAACCUCCCCGAGCUUCCUCCCUCCCGGUUCCUCCGCUGCUCCGUUCACGCCAUCAAGAACACGAGGAGGAAGAUGGAGGACAAACACCUGGCCCUGGCUGAAUUCAACCAGCUCUUUGGAAUCAAGGAUGGGUUGGAGCGUGCCUACUAUGCUGUAUUUGACGGCCAUGGGGGGAUGGACGCUGCCACCUACGCUGCCGCUCACCUCCAUGUUGCUCUGAGUAAACAGCAGACACUGCAGAGCGAUGCAGCCACAGCCUUUAAAAGUGCCUUCAAAUGCACUGAUGACAUGUUCAGAGACAAAGCCAAGAGAGAGCGUCUGCGGAGUGGCACUACUGGUGUCGCGGUGCUGAUCCAGGGUCAGGAGCUGACAGUGUCCUGGCUGGGAGACUCUCAAGCAAUACUGGUUAGAGAGGGACAAGCUGUAACUCUCAUGGAACCCCAUAAACCAGACAGAGAGGAUGAGAAGCAAAGAAUCGAGGAUCUUGGUGGCUGCAUCACCUUCAUGGGUUGCUGGCGUGUUAAUGGCACAUAUGCUGUAUCUAGAGCUAUAGGUGACUUUGACCAGAAGCCCUACGUGUCUGGAGAUGCUGACUGCUCCACAGUCCAGCUGUUGGGGGACGAGGACUAUGUGCUGCUGGCAUGUGACGGCUUCUUCGAUGCAGUCAGACCUUCAGAGGUCCCACAUCUGGUUCUGGACGCACUUCAGCAGCCCGGUGACCCCGAGGGAGGAGAUAUUGCUCCAGCAGAACUGUCGGAGGACGCUGUUGGACUGAGAGUUGCUCAACAGUUGGUGAGUCACGCAAAGGCAGCCGGUUCCAGCGAUAACAUCACGGUGAUGCUGGUGUUCCUGCGUCCACUGGAGCAGCUGCUGGCUCAACACUCCAGCACAGGAACUGCACAAGCAACUCAGGACUCCACUUCCCAAGAUGCAGCACAGAAGUGAAGGAGGAGGUCUGCUGCCAAGACACCACUGUGCCAAGCUACUGCCUGACUCAUCAUUUUUCAUACUUUUUUUUUUUUUUCAGAAAACCUGCAGAUUGACAAAGCUCAUGUGAAUCUAACAGAACACACAAACAAACUGCUUUGGAGGGAAAGUAUUGAUCCAACCGUAUUAUGACCAUUUGAAAAGGUGUGAUGGUGCUUAUGCAGGGACAGAUAAACCAAGCUGAGCCCCAUACUUAACCUGUUACCUUAACCCAGAAACCAGCCAGUAUUACACUGGAAAACUAACCCUCACUAGUCUCAUUCUCUGAAUUCAUUCACUGAGUUCAGCUCCGUUUCUUUUUGUGACUUUUCAAAGACAUGAUGUUCUGGUUUUAACCUUUAGUAUUGACUGUUUCAUGUGAUAGUGACUCUUUCUAAAGAGCUUUGUGUUUGUGUGAGAUUCUCUUAUGGAAGCAAAGAAAGGUCAUUUGAAUCUCAUAAGAAACUGAAUAAUUGUAAUUUUGAACCAUUAUGAAUUCUUGAAAUGCCUUUUUUUAAAAAUAGUCAAUAAAUUCAGCUGUAUUUAAAUUUGAGAAUUAAGUAUUCAGUAGUGAUGAAGUUUCACAAUCAGUGUUAAUCUGCUUAUAAGAUUUCAAAUCUUUUUGCCUUUCUUUGCCUCUAUAUCGUCUGUGCCAGGAACUCAAGCUUGUCCUCUAUACUGUCAUCUGUCAUUACAGUCUGUUACCUUUUUUAAGCUCUUGUAUUAGUAUUUUUUGUCAAGCUUCAGUUCUCAUCCAUGUCAUCUAAUCCAUAUAUUCGAUGCAUGGUCAGUAUUAAAUGUGCUUUUUGGUAUGCACUCUGUAUCGUGGAGCUUAUAGAUGCAAAAACAAGUCUCAGUACCUCAGGACCUGCAGUGUUAUUGGAUUCACACUGACAUCCCAAGUAACUCAGACAGUGCCUCCAUCAGUCACGGCUCAGUGAAACGCCUUGGAAAGCUCUUGUUGUUGUUGGGUUGCAGUGGACAGUUUUAGUGUUCCAUGAGGGAAACUGAAUCCUUAGAGGAGCUUUUGCCAUCUUCAUUCUCAAAUAUGCCUUCAAGAACUUUAAUCAGUCUAUCUGUAAUGCCGAGCUCUGUGACUAUUAAAAGAAUUACACUGUGCACACCGUAGGAAAUGACUUGGAUGAAGUCAGUAAAUCUUGCAACUGGCCCUAAACUGUAAUUUUGAAGGAAUAGGAGAAUGACACAGUUUGUUUGUUUUUUUCUAUUUCUGAGCGUCAUGCAGAAACGGGAACAAAAUGACACAGCGAUCAGAGAGGCAACUGUAUAGUCAGUAUUUUAGUUUUAAAGGAGGAGUGUGCCAAAACAUGAGCUUGGUAUGCUGAGGUGAGGUAGUAUUGAUGUGGAACAUUUUAUUUACUGAACCACCUGACAGUAUUUCUGAGUCCUGUGUUUGAUUUUUCAUAUCUUCAAAUAACCAUUCUUAACCAUGUGUUAUUGAGAACAUUAUCAAUAUUUCAGCUGUAAUGAUUUUUGGAUUGUAAUAACACACUGUAAUAUUCUGUUUCACUGACAAGAUGCUGUUUUGUAUGAUUUUUAUGCUUCAACCGCUGGAUUAAAAGCAAUGAGGAUAGAAAAGAA